UGUUGACCGUGGUAUCGUCACAUUUUGAAAACUGUUGCAAGAUUGAAGAACCAUCUUAGCUGCUCGUUUGUUUUUGAGCGGUCCGUGGUUUUUCGCCUGAGGAAAACAGCAUCACUAACAUAAAGAUAUCAUCAGCUGAAAAUGCCACGGAACAACAAGACUCCGCUUAUUCAGAGAAUUGCCAGACAAGCCAACGAGACUUUCAAAAUAUGUAGUUCGUCUGCAAUUGGGGACAGUAAAGUCUUUUUAGACCGCCAGGCAGAACUCAGCACCUUGUUAACCCAAAUCAGGGCUGCGGAUCUGAAAAUUGCGCCGCCAAAAAAAGGCUCUAAGCCCAGUGACCAGACUCCUCCGGUCACUUACAUGCACAUAUGUGAAACCGACACAUUCAGUAUGGGUGUGUUCCUUUUGAAAGGCGACGCUUCAAUCCCACUUCAUGACCACCCGGGGAUGCACGGAAUGUUGAAAGUUCUUUAUGGCAAAGUUAGGAUAAGAUGCUUCGACAAGUUGGAUAAUCCACCUUGUGCUGAAUGUGAGACUGCGUUCGACCCUCCACUGCUACCUUUCCAAAAGGAUGCUCUCCGUCGCUCCUUACUCAGGUCCACUGGCGAGUAUUCUGAAGAGAGUGGCCCUUGCAUUUUGACUCCUCUGAAAGACAACCUACAUCAGAUUGAUGCGAUCGAGGGACCUGCUGCUUUUCUCGACAUCUUGGCUCCACCUUAUGAUCCUGAUGACGGGAGAGACUGCCACUAUUACAAAGUACUACAGACAGUGUCCAAAACAGUUGAGAAGUCUGAGGCAAACGGUGAGGAGGAAAUGUGGCUAUUAGAAAUCCCCCAGCCUGAGGAUUUUUGGUGUGGGGGCGAGCCUUACCCGGGCCCAGAAGUUUCUGUUUAGAAAGUGUGUAGUGCACUAUUUGAACAGACAUCUGGAGCUGUCGUAUUCUGCCUCAUGGCUCUUUGACCAAAACUAACUUAAGUUCUGUUGGAAACACUUGGAACUUAAAAUAUUAUCAGGAGGAUCAUUGGAAAUACGAAAUGGAUUCAGCCCCCUAUGCAUUCUCAGUCUUGUCUCGUGCGUUCCUC